UUUAAAUAGUCAGCAAUUCUGGGACAUUUACUCGUCAAGCAUUGUGACAUCAUGUAGCUAUGAUAAGAGCAACCAAAUAGGCCAUUUUAUGGGACGUGAGCGUGGUCAUAAUUCGGAUUGAGUACCUGACUUCCCCUGGCAAACAAAACUCCGGGCAAAGUACUGAAAGGCGAAACGUGGAAAGGCACAGUGAGAGAUAGUGUAUGUAUGUAGGUUGGUUUCAUUGUUGUUUAUUUCUUGUUUUCGACAUGCCGCUCAGGAUGAUCUGUUUUUCAUCAACAGCACAUGCGACAUUGGCUCGGAUUGAAAUAUAAUAGUGUCUUCAUUGACCAAGUGCAAAAGCUGGUUGAGUUGUUUAGCUCGAAGCGUGCUAACAGCAUGGCUAACCCGGAGCAAGAGUCCAUCGAACUUCACGGAGACGAGGAAAUCAUUGAAGUCAUCGAGCUGAACGACAAUGAUGAUGGUCCAGAUAACUUGGCCGACGACAUGGAGGACAUUGGCUUUGAAGACAACGACGAAGGCUGGGAGACGGAGGACGAGAUGGAAUCGGAGCGGGAUGAUAGCGACUUGACUUUCUCCAAACACACUGGCUCUGUGUUUUGCGUGAGCAUGGACCCAGCCACUAAUACCUUGGCGGUGAGCGGAGGAGAAGACGAUAAGGCCUACGUGUGGAGAGUGAGCGAUGGCCAAGUUGUCUUGGAGUGUACAGGUCACAAAGACUCUGUCACGAGUGCCGUUUUCAGUCACGACUCCUCGCUUGUGGCUUCAGGUGACAUGAGCGGCCUGAUUAAAGUCUGGAAAGUGGAGACCAAAGAAGAGGUCUGGUCUUUUGAAGUCGGAGAUCUGGAGUGGCUGGAGUGGCAUCCCUGCGCUCCGGUGCUCCUGGCAGGAACGGAUGAUGGUAACAUGUGGAUGUGGAAGAUUCCCAGUGGAGACUGUAAAACCUUCCAGAGUUCUGCAUGCCAGUCCACCAGUGGCAAAGUCCUUCCUGACGGUAAACGCGCUGUGGUGGGUUAUGAGGACGGAACCGUGCGCUUGUGGGAUUUGAAGCAGGGCAACUGCAUCCAUGUCAUUAAAGGUCAGGAUGGACACCAGGGGCCGCUAACAUGCCUUACAUGCAACAAGGAUGGCUCGUUGGUCCUCACUGGCUCAGUGGAUGGUAGUGUCAAGCUCAUCAACACGGCUACCGGCAAGGUGGUGGGCGUGUUCUCUUUGGACGGGGGCAAAGCCAAAGGAUCGAGAAAUGGGGAAGAAUCCAACUCUGUGGAGUCGGUGGGGUUCUGCAACAUCCUUCCACUCAUCGCCGCGGCGUAUCUGGAUGGCACCUUGGCCAUUUACGAUCUUUCCACACAAGUGCUGCGACACAGCUGCCGGCAUGAGGCUGGCGUGGUUCACCUGCAGUGGGAGGAGUCUUCUUCGCUGGUGUCCACCUGCAGUUUAGACGGAGCGCUGCGCCAAUGGGACGCUCGCUCCGGCAAGAUGGUGUCCGAGUAUCGCGGUCACGCCGCUGAGAUCUUGGACUUCGCAAUGAACAGGGAAGCGACAGUGGCAGUCACUGCCUCAGGAGACAACCAAGCCAAAGUCUUCUGCCUCCAAAGGCCCGAUCGAUAAAAGAAGAAGAAGAAGAAGAGAGUGAAUGCAGCAGAGAGAAAUUUCAGGAACCAGGACAGAACCUGAACCCAAAAAGAUUUCAACUCAUCGCAUGGGCUUGUUACACUUUGUAAAGCUCCACCUGAUGAACUUCGCCGAAAUAAGUUCUCAUCAUGUUUGAAUGGUCAAAUUCCCUCCGGACUUUGUUUUAUUAUUCCUACCUGGGCUAACCUAAUUGUAAAUACAGCAUGGAAAAAUAUACUAAAAGCACAUUUUACUCCA